AUGGAGAUAAUACUGAUCUGACUUCCCUGUGAGUAUCCAUCCCAUAGCCCUCUUGCUUAAUGCAAAGCUAGUUUACAGUCACUCCCAUGUAAUGACUUGGAGAGGUGUGUGGGAAAGAGUUCACCACUUAACAAAUAUGUGGGCCAACUGUCAGACCAGUGAAAUUAUUUUAUGCAGGAGUAUGUUACUAGAGGUAGCUUUAAGGGAAGGAAACUUUGAUGAGGAGAAAGUGGGUGUUUGUACUACACCGUCCAGCAAGCUGCCAUAAUGUGUUGUGUCAAAGCAGCAUUGAACAAGCUAAGGAUGGGAACAGAGGAGUGGCUGAGCCACUCCUCUCUCGCCCCUGACUUUAUGGCCUCAGUCAGUGGGGCUGACAUGGAGCGGGAUAGUCAUGAGGUGACAAAAACUGACAUCUCAAUGACUUGCCAGGAAGGGUGGGAGGGAGCACUUUGCAAGGACAAUGGUAUUUAAGAGACCUGGGACCUUACCUUCCACCACCCUCAAUUACACACCUCUCCCAUGCGACACACUAACAGCUACUUGUCUCCUGCAGCAGGAGAAUAGGGCUCCUGGGUUCUACUCCUGGUUCUGCCACUAAAUUCCUGGAUGACCCUGGGCAAGUCUCUUAACUUCUCUGACUCCCUAUCUAUAAAAUGGGGGUAACGUUGUUGAAUUACCUCACAGGGGGACAACGCAUUGUCUACAUUUUAAUGAUUAAGUAUAUUAUUACGGUGCAAAGUCUAUUAGUUAGUGCCAGCUGCAGCUUGGGGUAGCAGUGCACAGGGGAGACUGUCCCUGUCAGUAGCCUAGCUAUGCUGCCUUUCACAGAGUGUGCAGGACAGGGAUGUUAUCAGGAUAUAUGUAAAAUGAGAAUUACUAGAAGGGGUUUGAAGGUGAGAGUGUUUGGCAGAAGCAUUUGCUGUGGAAAGAGAAUCUGAUAUAUAAAGAGAAACAGCAGUGGGGCUUCUAAGCCAUGCUGAAGAGGUGGCAGAGUGGUCCAAGCACAACAUUUUGAGAUAUUUAGUGACCAGUUCAAACCUAGGCAGGAUUAGAUCAGCUGUUCAUCUUCAUGGUAGAUAGACUGAGCUCCAUGCAGUUUGCUGUGGGAAGUAUUCUGGCCAGGCCCUAAAAACUGGAGCUCAGUGUGGACAUUGGAGCGUAUAUGAUGCAUUUUGCAAGAGAAGGUUUUCUCAGUGUCAUUACACAGACCAUCCUCCCACUCAGCCACCCAUCUUGUGCUGUCGUUGGCAGGUGGCCUCCACCCCAGAGGACAUGGCCCUCUAGUUCAGUGGUGCUUUAUGUAUAUAUUAUGGAGAGUGUGCUGAAUAAAAAAUGCUGUGUAAAAUGUUACAGGAUACUACUCAGCCUGGACAUAUUGAAUCAAGAUGUCUGCUUUCUUUGGGCCAUAGCCAGGGAACAGAUUUUUCCCUGAUAACCUUCAUUAUCGCUAACGGUUAUAAUAUCUGAAUUAGAGAGUAUGAGCAUAAAUUCUAACUAACAGGACUGAUUUUGUGACAAAGGCCCCAAAUCUGUGCCAUGUACAAGGGCUGGAAACCAGUCACAUCAUUCCACCAGGGAACAUUCCUGUCAAAAGGAAUAUUCUUUGGUAGCUAUGGGCCAAUGGAACACUCUUACGCUGCACCCUGUCUACAUGGGUAUGUUGGGGGAAUGCUGGACUAGGCCUAACCCCUCUGUGCUCUGGCUCUUCUGGGUUGCUGAACACUCAUUCCCUUGGGGACCAUGGCAAUCUGGACAGAAGUCAAGCAUUUAGAAGAUGGGAAAUGCCAGAUUAAGAUUUAUAGUUCAAUCUCAAUGCUGCCCUCUUGUGUUUAUCCUUUGGAAUGGUGUCAUGAGUUUAGUUACUGAUGGAAGAUCAAGAUGUUAUUACCGAAGUCCCUGCAGCACUGAAACGGCUGGCCAAAUACAUGGUGCGUGGCUUCUAUGGGGUAGAGUACUCACUGGUCCUUGACAUAUUGAUCCGAUACCCCUGUGUGAAGGAGGAUGACUUGUUGCUACUGCUCAAGUAUGAACGCAAACAGUUGCGCACUGUCCUCAACACACUCAAGGCAGAUAAAUUUGUCAAGCUGCGCAUGCGGGUUGAAACAGGGCCCAAUGGGAAGAGUACAAGGCACAACUACUAUUACAUCAACUACAAGUUGCUGGUGGAUGUGGUGAAGUACAAACUGGAUCAUGUGCGCCGGAAGAUAGAAGCAGAUGAGCGGGAUUCAACCACCAGGUCCUCCUUCAAGUGUCCAUCCUGCUUCAGCACUUACACAGACCUGGAAGUAAAUCAGCUGUUUGACAUAUUCACAGAGACUUUCCGCUGCACCUACUGCAAUGCUGAAGUGGAGGAGGAUGCCUCUGCGCUUCCCAAACGAGAUGCUCGAACCUUGCUAGCAAAAUUUAACGAACAGAUUGAACCCAUCUUCGCACUACUGCGCGAGACUGAAGAUGUUGUUCUACCACAUGAUUUACUUGAGCCUCAGCCAACGGAAAUUCCAGAGCUAUCAGAAAGCUUUGAACAGAGGGUAUGUUCAAGCAUCCUGGACUCCAGUAUCCAUCUUGAAAAAUGGGCCAACAAGAAUUCAUCUGUCGGUAAUAUGUAUGUUCAAAACUUGGUCAUUGAUUUCCAAGAGUCUGAGCCAAAGAAGAAAGGGAAGGAAAAAGUGACUAAAGAACAUCCUAUAUGGAUGUCCCAAAGUACCGUACAAGGAGCAUCUUCAUAUGCAACUGACUCCAAUAUUGAAACGUCCAAAGAAACGGAUGACUGUGUUAAGGAGGCUGUUACUGAUAAUGAAGUAAUAAGGACUCUUCUCAUCCAUGAAUCUAAGUCUUCCUCUGGCACAGGGCAUCCCCCUCCUCGUGCCAAAAACAAACUGCAUGAGUCAGAAAGUGACACCAGUGAAUCAGAGGAGGAGGCCAAACAUGCAAAACCUGUGGUAGUUAAAGCAGCAGGGAGUGACUUGGAACAAGAGGAGCAGGAAACACUGGAUCCGACAGUAAUGGUUGCUGGACAGGCCCACUUGUACAGUGAAGUUAGUGACAAUCCAGAGCUAGUGUCGCUUAUGACAGAUGAAGAGAGAGAAGUUUACAUCAAGGUGGGACAAGAAAUGUUCCAGUCUGUCUUUGAGUAAAUGCAAGAAUUAAAAAGCAGUUGUUAUACCGCUCGUGUAAGUUUAGAUGUGCUGCGAAGUUCCUUUCGUAGCUUAACCUACAGUAGUUGCCGGGUGAAACGAAUGUAAAGUUCAGGAUAUUUUUGUGAAGGUGGUGGUGAGGUCUGAAUCUGCUCCUUGGAGAGCCUGCUAUUUAUUUUUUGCUCAUGUUAUUUCUCUAAAGCAACAAAGUGAAGAUGUUGCAGAUAACCUUGGUUGGUUUCAAUCUAGAGCAGGGGCAGGCAAACUUUUUUUGGCCUGAGGGCUGCAUUGGGUUUCAAAAGUUGUAUGGAGGGCUGUUUAGGGGAGGGGGGGGCGUGGCCUGACCCUGUCCCUGGAACCCCUACCCCUGACUGCCCCUCCCCCACCGCUGCACCAUCCAACCCUCCCUUUCCUUCCUGACUGCCCCCCCCGGAAUCCCUGCCCCAUCCACACCCCCACUUCCUGACUGUCCCACCAGGACCCCUGCCUCCAUUCAACACCCUGUUCCCGCCCUCUGACGGCCCUGACCCCUCUACACCCCCCCACUACUCCAUGAACUCCCCUGCCCUCUGUCCAACCCACCUGCCCCCUUACUGCGCACAGAGCACCGGCUCAGGCCAGGCUCUACAGCCCCCUUGCCCAGAGCAUGGCGCCGGUGGUGCGGUGAGCUGAGGUUGUGCAGGAAGGGGAACAGCAGGGGCUCAGGAGCUGGGCAGGAGGGUCCCAUGGGUUGUAGUUUGCCCACCCCUGAUCUAGAGUAUUUAAAUUGUUUUUGUUUUCAUAUAGUUCCUGUUUGUGAAACAGUCCUAAAUUUUGUUUAAUAUGCUAAGUAUUGUACUCACUUUUGUUUAAUAUGCUAAGUAUUGUAAUGAAAAGACAAAAUGUAAUGCUUUAAUUACUUUAGAAGCAGGAAUCAUCCUGUCUGAUCAAUAAAUAAAUUACAACAGGA